CUCUGUCAUGAUAAAUUAAUGUAGAGUUCGUUGUGAUAUUCGAUAUCCACUACUUAUAUACCACAGCAGAAGCCAAUAUCCCCCUGUUCCUUCUCAGACACCAUCUGAACCAUGUCUACAAGUAAAAUCUCGGUGGACGUUUCUGAUGGCAUUGCCACCAUAACCUUGAAUGAACCUCACCGUCUGAAUGCACUGGCAUCAGAAGACUACGACGCAUUCGCUGACUCCUUAAGGGCCAUCGAUAAAAGAGAAGAUGUGGUAGCAACUGUAUGGCAAGCAAAUGGGAAGUGGUUUUGCACUGGCACGGACGUGAAGCGAAGGAAGACCGGCUCGAAUACUAAGAUUCACUCGAUGAGAGAUCAUCUCAUCCAUGGGGUAGUGGCUGCGAACACGGAUUGCACACACGCACUCUAUACUCACAGCAAAAUCCUUAUUGCAGCGUUAAAUGGCCCGGUGAUGGGCAUAGCAGCUGCUCUUCUUGGCAACUUUGAUAUCAUAUACGCCGUGCCAGAAGCUUGGUUGAAUGUCGGCUUCCCCUUUCUGGGUAUUGCGGUAGAAGGAGGAGCUAGUGUCUCAUUCGUCAACCGCAUGGGAAUCGCCAAGGCAAACGAGGUUCUCCUCCUUAACAAGAAGAUAAGCGCACCAGAAAUGCUUGAAUGUGGAUUCAUCAACAAGAUUAUUCCGUCGAAAUCAACGGAAGAAUUCCACUCUACAGUUCACCAACAUCUUGUUAAGGAACUCGACGGUUUAGUGCCUUCCUCACUCCUCGCCAUCAAAUCCCUCAUCAAAGCUGGUUUGAACGAGAAGAACGACUUUCACGCCGUGAAUCUCCGAGAGAGCUAUGCCCAAGCGGAGAGAUUUAGCAGUGGAAUACCAGCUGAGCGCUUCGGGAAAAUUGCCAAGAAAGAAAUCAGGCAUAAACUGUGAUCCGCCUUCGUAUGUACAUGCUUCCUUAUCUUACGAAGCUUAUUACCGACCGGUGCACCUGACUGGUUCCAUGUACUUGGCAGAAUAUAUCAGCAUGUGCGCUCUAUUUUUGUUGUAUACCUCCCCAAUUCUGUACGCAAGGAUACGUAAUAUAACAUGUUGGCUUCUUAUCUUUUGC